AUGAAAAUCGGAGGAGGUGGUGAAGGAUGGUGGUUGGAGGAGGCGAUGAAUAACAUUAACGAGGAGAUCUUGUUCCUGAUUGUAUCCCAGUCUCGGAAUUUACAACAAUUAAGGCAAGAUAUUUGGGGGUUUCUUUCAAGAAUAAAGUUCAAUGUACAGCAACUAAAGUUUACUUGGUCUCAAAUUCUUCUUGCCCAGGUUCCAAUGGCUCCAAAACAGCCAAACACAGGACUCUUUGUGGGUCUAAACAAAGGGCAUGUUGUCACCAAGAAGGAAUUAGCACCCCGUCCUUCCAACAGAAAAGGGAAAACAAGCAAGAGAUCACACUUUGUGAGAAACCUUAUCAGAGAGGUUGCUGGAUUUGCUCCUUAUGAGAAGAGAAUCACUGAGCUUCUCAAGGUUGGAAAGGACAAACGUGCCCUCAAAGUGGCAAAGAGGAAGUUGGGGACUCACAAGAGAGAAAAGAAGAAGCGUGAGGAGAUGUCUAGUGUUCUUCGCAAGAUGAGGUCUGGUGGAGACGCUGAGAAGAAAAAGUGA